UCCAACGUGGUUCCUUCAGAGAGACUGCUGCACAUUUUAUACACUUGUUUGAGGCCGUCUAGACUUCUGCGUCUUUUCGGUGAGCUGCGGGAUUCUUUUACAGUCAUCUCAAGAACGAUAUAAUGGGUCACGUUUUAUGAGGAGUCGGCAAGAGUGAUGAACUCAGAGCAGGAAAGGCCGUACGUGUGCAGCGCUCCUGGCUGUUCUCAGCGGUUCCCCACCGAAGACCAUCUGAUGAUCCACCGACACAAGCAUGAGAUGACCCUGAAGUUCCCCUCCAUAAAGAACGACAACAUGCUAUCAGACCAGACGCCCACCCCAACACGCUUCCUGAAGAACUGUGAGGAGGUGGGGCUGUUCAGCGAGCUGGACUGCUCCAUCGAGCAGGAGUUCCGCAAGGCCCAGGAGGAGGAGGACAACAAACAGAACAUCUCCCUGCAUGGCCAGCCAGGCCAACACCAGCAGUCUCACUCCCGGAUGGCUAACCACGACAGCAGCAUUGUGAUCCAGCAGGCCCUGCCCUCGCCCCAGUCCAGCUCUGUCAUCACCCAGGCCCCCUCCACGAACAGACAGAUCGGGCCUGUCCCUGGCUCGCUGUCCUCACUACUGCACCUACGGAACAGACAGAGACAGCCACUGCCAGCGUCUAUGCCUGGCACCCUGCCAGACCCCACCAUGCCUGGCUCCUCAGCUGUACUGAUGCCCAUGGAGAGGCAGAUGUCCAUGGGCUCCAGUAUGAUGAGCAUGCAGGGUCCAGCCCACAGCACAUCCUGCUCCUCCACGCACAUGCCCUCCAUGCACUCAGAGGCCAAACUGAGGCUGAAAGCUGCACUCGCGCACCACCCGGGAACCAUCGCCAACGGCAACAUGAACACCAUGGGUCACAUGAUGGACAUGAUGUCAUCGCGGCAGGAGCAAGGGGGCCACCACCACAUGCACUCCCACCCUCACCAGCACAUGCAGGGCCCUCCCCACGGCUACCAGCACCACGCCCACCACCACCACAGCCACCCCCAGGGGCACGGCCAGGGAGGGCACCAUCACCACCCCCAGGGACACAACCCCCACCACAACUCCCACCAGCCUCACCUCCACCCCGGCCACCCGCACCAGACCUCCCCCCACCAUGGGAUGCACUCCGGAGGAUCACAGAUGUCCCCGGCAGCACAGCAGAUGCAGCCCACGCAAACCCUGCAGUCUCCACCCCCCAGUGGUGGGCGCCGCAGACGGGUGGUGGACGAGGAUCCAGAUGAGCGGCGACGGAAGUUUCUGGAGAGGAACCGGGCGGCGGCCACGCGGUGCCGACAGAAGAGGAAAGUGUGGGUGAUGUCCCUGGAGAAGAAGGCUGAGGAGCUCACCCAGACCAACAUGCAGCUCCAGAACGAGGUGACCAUGCUGAAGACAGAGGUGACCCAGCUUAAGCAGCUUCUCCUUACACACAAGGACUGUCCCAUCACCACUAUGCAGAAAGAUUCCCAAGGUUACCUCAGUCCAGAGAGCAGUCCGGCGAGCAGCCCUGGAGCCCCUGCGUGCUCCCAGCAACAGGUCAUCCAGCACAACACCAUCACCACCUCCACCACAGCAGUAGGGGGCGGUGGUGUGCACGGCCAGCCCAACCACCGCACAGACAUCAACCCCAUCCACUAGAGACGAGGGACCAGAGAGACUCCCCCCCCCCCCCCCCCCGACCCCCCCCCCGAGGCUGUUGUUCGGCCAUGCGCUGCCUCCUCCUUCAGGACCCAUCAAGGGAAAACCUCGGAAGCCUGCGAGGCUGCUCUUUAUACAGUAGCUAUGUAUUUUUAUAGACCUUAUUAACUCAUUAAUGUCCGUUUUUUGUUUGUCUGUCUGUUUUUUUUUUUUUGUCUUCUGAGUUGUCCUGUCUACUUUGUAUCCUGCGUCGGUUGUUAUUUGUACUUCGCUAAAAAGGGAGUUCGGCUGAUUGCGCAGCGUUAACCCGUGUGACCCUGCUGUUGUUGUUGUUGCGUAAUACCUUCGGUACUAGACGAACAGGCGUCCGAGCUGGUGGAACCACGGCAGGAGCUCGAGCCUCAGAACGCUGACCCUCCGUGUCCCCGCCCCACCCCUCCGCCACCUACUCCUCCGUGUGACUGAAGCAUGGGUGUCAUAGACCCAGUAUGUGUCAGAUGCGCUGAUCACAAUGUGUGUGACGGUGUUCUGACUGUUUUAAGGUGUCAUAAAAUGUGUGUUUAUCAGAGGGAGUAUAUGAAGGUUUCUGCCUCCGGGCUGUUGGUUUUGUAACCGAGUUGAACUGUUGCCAUGAUAUGUUUUUAAUGACAGGAAAACAGGCUGGCGUUUUUAUAUUGAACUAAGCUCUUUUUUCUAGAUUGGUUCUUGACUGUUAACUGUCAUUGGUAUUCUGAGAGUCUUUUGAAUGAACAAAAAACAUGAUGCUAAAAAAAUAUACCAUAUGAUCAAAUGGAAGCAAUACGACAUCUCAGUAUUGAUCAUGUCCCAUACAGAACCAGCACUGCAUAGCAAAGCCAGUGUGGCUGUAUACUGUUGGGAUGUGCUUUGCUGUUACAGCCAUAUUGCUCUGCACUGUGAUAUCACCUAGGCAGCUGAACGGGUUAGACCAAACUCUUCUGCUCUUCAGGACCAAUAGAAGCUUUAUCUGAAGGAGGCCUCUCUCUCUUUCACUCUCUUUCUCUCUCUCUCUUUCUCUUCUUCCUCUCUGUGUUCUCUCUCCCUCUGUUCUCUCUCUCUCUGUGUGUGUUACUGCUUUUAGGAUCCAGUUCUCAGGAUUCAGUGGCAGAUUCCAAACAACCAUAACAUUCCAAUGUGUCUGUGUUCUGUCCUCUUCCUGCCUGUUCUACCUCAGUGGUGGAGUUCAGAUCAGGCAGCAGACAGACAUGGAGAGAAAUGAGCUGGAAUAUCAGGUCAGAGAUUUGACCGAUAGCAUAGUUAGUCUGUCAGUGUAAUGGAGAAAGAUUGAAUGAUGAGAUUUUAUUUGUUGUUUUUUUAUCCCACCAUUGGCAUUUAGCACUGUACUAUUUCUAAAAUAUCUGCAGCUCAAGCCUACUGUACGCUUUCCAAAUGUCACAUAGUGCCUGAAUUACUCUCAAUGUUAUGUGUUACCAUAUGCAAGAGUAUAUUAAUUGUUUCAUACUGUACAUUGUCUUACUAUUGACUUAACCAUUGAACAAACAAACCCCUAACAUGUUGUUUCAAAGUCUCUGCGUUGCAUGGAUCUGCACAGUGUGUCAGCUGAAGCUUCAGUCAGUUCUUGUUUUUCACACAAAGGCAGAGCCAGCUGACCAGAGAGGAAAAUACUGACCCCCCUAUUUGACCUCUGACCUGUCUGUCCACGUAGCUUUCCUUCAAGCAGGUUGCGAUGCAUCACUCCCUCUCUCUCUCUCUCUCUCUCUCUCUCUCUCUCUCUCUCUCUCUCUCUCUCUCUCUCUCUCUCUCUCUCUCCAUCUCCUUCUCUCUCUUAACCCCAGCAUGCUUUGACUAAACUCUUCCAGCAGUGAAGCUGCAUCCUUUCUUCUGUGUGGAUCCCUACAGCUGAGAAUGUUGGAACUUGUAGGUUCCCAUUGAUCACUGUGUUUUUCAGACUAAGCGAGACCACGGAGCUGUCUAUGCACUUUGUCCUCUGGGAUGCCAGAGGGUAGAAUAGCCAUAUUGAGGUCUCAGAGAUCUCAGCGAUCCCCAUUCACACACCAGCGAGACACUGACCGUCGUCAGCUCUGUAGAGACUGCUUUGCCUUGACUGUGCCUAAUGUGUGUCGCACGUGUACCUGAACGAGGAGAAGCAGAGAGCCCGGAGUUCAAAUCCCAGACUGUAGCCUUUGUCCUUGGGAUAGGCUCAACAAGAGACUCUUAAGCUUUAAAAAGUGAUCUGUCAGUUCUUGCCUGUCCUUCUAAUCUGUACCACAAGGCAAAAUCCCAAAUGUCAAUUUUGCUCACUGUGUGACGUUUGAUCGACAGCAUUAGGUGAACUGGAGACUCUCUCUUAUACUCUGGGUGUUGCAACAUUGUUUUAGAAAAUGCAAUUUUAAGGUCUUAUGUAAUUCUCGGGCCGAAGUGUUUGUGUUACUGAGGGAACGAAAGGUUUAGAUUCUCUUUAAAAGGGCUUCCUUCUAAGAACCUUGGGAAAACACCUUCAAAACGCUUGCCUUAUUUCGUCAACUUGUGGCUCCUAUUCAGAAAACGUUUGAACUGUUCUUCUGAAUCAAACAUGCAUGCAUGGGAAAAUAUGACAUUGACCUCAAAGCGUAUUCAACUGGAAUUUUUUAUGAAAACGUUUUCUUAGGCAUAACGGUAUCUAGACUUUGGUUUUGACAGUAGACACAGGUUGUGCGAUAAGGAAACGUGAGCUUUGUCUACUGUAAAGACACUUUCAGGGCAGGUUGAGGGAGUGAGAAACUAAGUGGGUGUGUGUGCCUACACAUUAAUGAAAGUAUAAAUGUAUCAUUUUGAAUAUAAAACUAUAAAUAUUGUAUAGAAUGUAAUUCAUUUCUGUAAUCUUGUACAUGUAAGGCAACCACCUUUCUUUUUGAAAGGAGUAAAUGUUUGGUACAUGUAUGUAAAUAAUGUUUGCAUAGCACUUGCAUCCUUUCAUUGUGUGUCAAGGAGAAUUUUGGCGCUUGCAUACAUUGUGUCUGUUCUAUGUCAUGAACUGAUGAGAGCACUCUUGCCUGCAAAACUUUGUACAUUUUUGUGUCUCUUACAGCAUUGUCUUGUCUUUGUUGUUUUGCAUUUGUACAGAUGUGAAAUAUCACUGCAGCUACUUUACAGUAUGAAAAUAAAGCACUUGUUCUGUAAAAUAACACAACCGACAUGUUUCAACCUAACUAAUACAAUUAUUUAUAAUAGAUUAGAAAUUGUCAUAAUAUAAUUAUACAAUUGUGGAUGUUGCUGAAUCAACAGUCUAAGGUAAGAAUGUGCUGUAUGUGCUGAAUGCAAGAAAAACAAUCCUCAUGUUAAAUUAAUGAUCCACCUAUUCUUUCAUACAACACAGAUCUCUGAUUGUUCAUUAAAAUGUUGUUUGUUUAAA